GUCCCGGUGGCCAGGCUGGGCUGGGAAUGGGAGGAGGAGGAGGCAGCAGCAGCAGCAGCAGCCAUGGAGAGCAGCAUGAAGCAGGUGAUGCUUGAAGAGGAGGACUCGGGGAAUGGCUGCUGCUGCCCAGGCUGCUGCUUGCCCUGCGCCACGUGCUGCGCCAAAUGCUGCACCAAAUGCAGCUGGUGCUGCGCCAAAUGCUGCUGCCUGCCCAAGUGCUGCCAGUGUCCCAAGUGUCCCAAGUGUCCCAAGUGUCCCGGCUGUGCCGGCUGCGCCAGCUGCUCCGGCUGCCUCAAGAAGUCCCUGUGCUUCGUCCCUCGGCUGCUCUGUUCCCUGCCCCGCAAGCUCCUGAGCUGCGGCUGCGGCCGCCUGCGCUGCCUGCUCAUCGCGGUGGUCGUGGUGGUCCUGCUGGUGCUCAUCAUCGCCGGCGCCCUGCUGAUGCGGCUGAGCAUUGACCAGCGCCACGCCGACACCGUCCUGCGGAGCGGGGUGUGGACUGGGCCAGCCUGGGAAGAGGACGCGGCCACUUUCUACCUGGACAGCGGGGACGGGAACGCGGCCACUGUCAUCUAUGAUUACAGGAAUCUGCUGGUGAGCUACAGACCCCGGCUGCAGCACGCCUGCUUUGUGACCCGCGUGGACAAGGACAACAUCCCGGGGCUGGACACCGUGGUCGAGACCUUCCAGCGCCGGCAGGCUGAGGACAAGAUCUCCAUGCCCCUGGCUGACCGCUCCCUCCUGGGCACCACAGCGAGCAUCCUCUGCAGCCUCCUCCCUGUUUACUGGGCUUAGAGCCCGCGGGGUGGGCAGGGGGGCUGCGGGACCCCCGCCCACCCGGCAGCACCCUCACAGCACCAGCUUUGCCUUGCAGCAUCCCCAACAGCCCCGCUGGGAGCAU